UCUAGCAGCCUAGCAUAACAGGUCAGGAGAGAGCUGGAGCUGGGAGUGUAAAUAGUCCCCAGUUUUAGGGGGAAGCAGCACAAAGAAAUGAGUGGAGAAAGCUCAAGCGUCCUCCUUGGCUAUAUGGAAGAAAAGGUGUGUGUCCAGUUGUGACAGCUGAGCAGAGGAGUGUCACAGUGAAAGUGGCCAUGCAUCCCUUCGGCUGUGAGGCUGAGACCUCCCUUCGGGACCUGUUUGAGUACUUCAAGAGGUGCCUGCAGCAUGGAGAGUGGGAGCUUGCCAGUGCCUGUGUGCCACAGCUAGUUAACUCGACGGGAGGACUUUCAGAAAAGCUACGAGACAUAAUCAAAGCUAUUGUCUGCCAUCCUUACAGUUUGAAAUGGCAGUCUGUGGGCAGUCCACACAAACUGGCUUGGUUUUGGCUUCAGGUUUUGGAGAAAUGGACAGAAGAGCAGGUUCCUCCCAGCGUAAGAAGAGAGCUGGAGUUCCUGCUGCUCCUGGAGGAGCUGGGCUCAGAGAGCAUACCAGAGACUGUUCUUAAGGAGUUGCAUCAGGCCUUCUUGGACACACAGUCUGAACAAAAGGCACCCGAGGGUUCAAGGACAACAGAUGCUGCUGUUGAGUCCUGUCUGCGAACUUUAUUGGAGAAAAAGAAGCCCAGACUCGCCCAGUCGUUAGCACAUUUCUUACAGGACCAGUCAUGCCCAGACGACCACACACUGCAGCACACGUUCAUCCAACACCUGAUGAAGCAACUCGGAAAACCAGAGAAAAGGCCGGAGAAGUUAGAGGGGUGGGUUGAGGACAUAUACGCCGUGUUGUCUGUGAUGCCAUGGAGCUCUGGUAGAAGCGGCGGGCAGCUGGAUGCGCUGUGUGAGGCACUGUGGGCGGCCAGAGACGGGCCCCUGAAGGAGGAGAGGAUCCUGAGCUCGCUGCUCCGCCCUCGCUGUGACGCUCUCGUCUCUGUUUACUGUUCCACAGCUUUGAGACUUCAGAGGGAUCAUCUGCUGAGGAGUGCGCCGGAUACACAAGCUGAUCUUCCUGAAGCAGAGAAGCUGGCCCUCAGUUUAUGUUGCCACAGGGAUCGUCCAUCCAUUUGGAAGACCAUUUAUUUUGAGUGCCUUAGUAGUGGAAAGCACUUCCUUGAGCAGGUCUUGGUCACAGCACUCGACCUGAUUAAACAUGAGGAGUUUACUCAGCUCAAAGACUUACUGAAGUUGGAGUUUCAGCCUUUGUCUCGGCUGCUGUUGCUUCUCGGCUGGACUCAGUGUCGCAGUCUGAACUCGGCUCAAACGCUGCUCAGCAUCCUUCACCAAGAACAGGGACCAGCCAAUGACUCUGUUCUGCAGGAGUUUGCCAAUCUCUUGUCCUCUCAGCUUGGAAUACUUGAAUGGUGUAAAAACAACAAUCCAGGGAUUUCCAUGGAGGCACUGCUGGCACAGCUUCACACUCUGGACAAUCACUCUGCCCUCUAUAUUCUGCAUUCUCUGACUCCUUUGGCUCAGUUUGAGGAGCGCAAGAUACUGACUCUGCUGCAGCAACUGCCAGAUUCACCAGGAACAGAAGAUACUGAGGCCGUCAGUAGUCUCAGUUCUAGCGUGCAGAGGAACAUUGUUUUGUUCCAGGGCUUCUGUGCCAUGAAGUACGCCAUCUACGCUCUCUGUGUAAAUGCACAUAAAUACUCAAACUGCACCGAGUGUGAGUCCACGGAGCAGCAGCAGCAGCAGCAACAGCCAUCUGAAGCAGAAACGGACCAUAAUCAAACCUCAGCUUCCUCAGAAGGUUGCCAUUUGCAGUUCCAGCACUACCUGUCAGAGUGUCAGCUCUAUCUGGAGGCCGUGCCCGCCAUGUUCCGCCUGGAGCUCCUGGAGAACAUCUUCUCCCUUCUCUUCCUGUCCACUGCUGACUUCACCCAGCAGAGCCAAAAAGACUCGAAUCAGAACUCUCAGUCAGAAUGUUUAUCAGAUACAAGAAACACAAGUGUAGAACUGGGAACCAAAGCAAAGAAAGAUGAGACUGAGAACAGCCAGAAGCUGCGUUCAAGUUCACCAACAGCAGCCCACAGCAGCCACCUGGAGCUGGGACACUUCAUCCAGGGCUGCAGGGGGUUUCUGGCCGAUGUGACGGCCAUGGCGGGUUUUCUAAAGCUCCUGAAAGAAGGGCUGGAGGGCAUGUGUGUGGUGGGCCAGCAGGAGGGGCAGGAGGCGGGGAGAGCGCUGCCUCAAGAGGCCGAGGUGGCGGAGAGCCUCGGCUGCUCAGUGACGGCUGAGACGUUCGGGGCUCGCCUGCAGAGGUUGUCCAAACGCACUGCAGAGGCUCAGUGGAGGCUGCAGAUCAUCUCCAGCAACCAGAGCAGUGGAAGUGGUUCAGAAAGUCCUGUCCAGAUGUCAGGGGUCAGCUAUCCUGUCGCUUCUGUGGGACGCAGCAAGAGCUCGAGCCUGAGGAGAAGGAAGAGACCAGGGAGACAUGCGACAGAGAGACAGACCUCAGUGGAGAAACACAAUGGAGAAGUUAGCACGAGUGCGUCAGAUGGUGGAGGAGGGACAGCAGCAGGUUGUGUAGAACUGGAUGUUUGUCCAUGCGGAGGUCCUCACAGCUGGCUGGUCCCGGCCAUGUUGUCCCCUCCAGAGUCUCUGCUCAUGUCCUGCAUCCGCAAAGGGAACUUCAUGGAGGCUCAUCAGGUGUCUCUGGUGUUCGAUCUGGAGGCGUCUGCCUGUUGUGGUGAGCUGGUGUUCAUGGAGCGCUACAAAGAGGUCCUGGUGGAGCUGGGACAGGUGGAGCAGAAGAUGGAGAGCCAGUCUAUGUCUUCAUCCUCAUCCUCCUCAGAGGGUUUGGGGACAGCAGCUGUGUCUGCCGCAGGGAGGUGUCGACUGGGGAGCAGCGGGCGAUCAACCCUGCAGGCCAUCGGAAGCGCUGCUGCUGCAGGUGUGGCUUUCUACUCCAUCUCAGACAUCGCAGACCGUCUGCUCAGCACUCCCGCUCACCCGAUGCCCUCACUGGAGGACAACUACUGGCUGAGCCGCUGCUCUUCAGACCCCUCUGGCCUCCUUUACACUCUGCUGGAGGAGCUCAGCCCAGCAGCCAUGGCGGCCUUUGAUCUGGCCUGCUGCCACUGUCAGCUCUGGAAGACUUCUCGACAGCUGCUGGACACUGCAGAGCGCAGGCUCAACAACAGUCUGGAGGCUCAAGGAGUGAGAGUUGAUGCUAAGGUUCCUCAUGCUGAGGGGAUCUGUGGAUUUCCCAUGGUGUUACAGCAGAUCAGCAAGAUCCUGAAUCAUUCUGCCACUAACAAGAGCUCUGUGAAAACAGAAGCUGUUGGGGAAGACCAAGUGUUUGCCAGCCCGUUUGGUUGCUGUAUCCAUGAAUUGCUACUGUGUUGCCACCCGGCGCUGAGUGAAGAGUGCAUCGCUGCUCGGCUCAGUCUGGUUCAACGUUUGGAGACCACCCUGCACAUCCUGAGCACUGCUACAGAUGGCACAGACGGCAGUGUGGGCAGCGUUCUUCUGGCACAGUUGGUUGAACAAGCCAGUCUGAAGCAGUCAGAGCUGGAUGCUCACCCCGUCCGCUCCAGCAUGAAGCAGCUGCUUCGUUCUCUCGACCAGCUCUGCCCCUUCGAGCCAGACGGAGAUCUUGCCAGACCAGAUUAUGUGCGCAGUUUCCUCGACUAUGUCAACACACUAGCGUCUGUGUUAGUGCGCAGCCUGAGUUCAGAAGAUCAGAGUAGUGAAGUGAAGCUUGGGAAUCCACUGCUGGUGCUGCUUCAAGCCCCAUUUCAGCUUCUCUCCCACCUGCUGUUUGACAGACAGGUGUCUCCUGACAGAGUGCUGUCCCUGCUGCAGCAGGAAGGUCUGCAGCUCAGUGUGCAGCAGGUGAUUGUCCAGCGAUGCUGUGAGACUCUGCCUGUGUGGACUUCCUGUCCAGGUGAUGACGAAGACUCCGGUCAGGCCAAGAAAGAUGACGGAGUGUUCGGUGUUUCCAAUUUGUCCGUCCUGCUCCAACAGCACGCUCAGGAGCACAUGUCAACUCUGGGAAUCACAGAGCCUCAGUCUGAUGCGAGCUCUGAGUCCGAGGCCUCAGUGGACGACCCCUCCACUACACCCACCAACCUCUCCACCUCGCCACCAUCUCAGUCAUCCUCCUCCUCUUCUUCUUCCUCUUCCCCUUCGUCUUUUCUCCUCACACCAUCAGCUCUGUCUUUCCUAAAGUCUCGCUCUCCUUUACUGGCCACACUGGCGUGUCUGAGCGCCUGCAAAGGAGAAACUGCUCGGACACAGUCCUCCGGAUGGUCCGGCUAUUUCCGCAGCAACCGUAAAGAAGUCGUCCUAGACGCAGAGCAGAUUUCUCUGGAAGCAGAUAACCUCCUGAAGGAGUUCCCUAUUCUCCGGGCGUACAUUCACACCAUGGCUGAACCGUUACUGGACACCCUGUUACGUGAGGGCGAGGAAGGUUCAGCUGGACUCGGAGCGGUUGUUUGUGGGAAACCACUCGUCAGCCUCCUGCUGUCUGGGCCUCAAGAAGAAGCUGCCCAGGCUGUGGCUGCUGAGGCCUUCCAGAAGGCUCUGUCCUCCAGAGACCUGGGCCGAGCCCUCAGUCUGCUGGAGCUGUACGGGCAAGGCUGCAGCCAGGAGGGGGCGCUGAGAGACCGCCUGCUUGCCUGUGCUGCAUUAGAAGAUGGAGAUGAAGGAAUCGGUCAGCUGUUUCGUGUACAGGAUGCUAACCUGCGAGCGCGCGUUGCCCUCCAGGCUCUGGAGCGCUGGCCUCUGCCCGCCUGCCUGGAGCUGCUCGAGUUCUGCCUCAACGACGCCAGCACAGAGACGUCGCUGAGAACAGAGUUAGAGCUGAAGAAGAAAGAACUGGACAUCUAUCACUGGAUGUUGAAUCUACAGCCUCCGUUGCCGUGGACUACUUGGCAGGAGCUCAGGACUCAGUCUAAGACAAACUCUCAGUCCAUGUUAUUGACGAUGGUGGAGGCAAAAGAGUUUGCUCUGUGUGCACAGUGGGUUGAGCUUUAUCCUGUAUCCGACCAGCUGAGACUGCAGCUGCAGACUGAGCAUCUGCUUCAUCUGCUGGAGAAAGGACAGGCAGACGAGGCGUUCCAGUUACUUGAAGGCCUCUCAGACUUUGUGGGCGGCCUAGACGUUUGUGAGCGAGCUCUGGACCGCCGCCCCGGAUUGGCUGCCUGUCACUUCCUGGCCGACUACCUCACUCUGCAUUUCCAGAGGCAGGUGUCUCCAGCACGUAGACGGCACAUCCAUGCCCUCCAUCUGGGCUCCAAGGUGUUGCUGACUUUGCCUCCGGCAGCCAGGCAGGAGUAUUUCCCUCUGCUGUCAGAGCCCCUGCUGAUGCUCGAGCAGCUGCUGAUGAACCUAAAGGUGGACUGGGCAGACGUGGCGGUGCGAACUCUCAGGAGCCUCCUGGUUGGUCAGGAGGCUGGCUUCGGUGCCGAGGACAUCGAUAAGCUUCUGGCAGACUAUGCCUCCAAGGCCCUCGACUUCUCAUACGCCCCAAGAGAGAAAUCUCGAUCCGACUCUGUGAUCAGCCUCCAGGAUAUGCUGACGCAGUGUCCUGCUCAAGAUGGCUGCUCGGUUUCAUCCGUUCGAAUUGAAUCCCCAGCAUCAUCUACAGGCAGCACCCCCACACACACCUCCUCCUCAAACAGCACGGACAGGGAGAGGGAUCGAAUCUCUGCAGGGAAAAAACGCCGCUCGCCUGCCAAGUUCCAGCCUCCAGAUCAACCCCCUGCCCGCAAAGACUGGGUCCCUGACACUAAGCAGCACAUGUGCAUGGUCUGCCAGCGUGAGAGGUUCACCAUGUUCAACAGACGGCAUCACUGUCGGAGAUGUGGCCGUCUGGUUUGUCACGCGUGUUCAGAGCAUAAGAUGCCUGUUGAGGGCUGCCCGGGAGAAGAAGUCAGAGUCUGUGACCAGUGCUACGCCUACUUUCACCCAGAUUCUGACGAUGAGCUGGAACCAGCUGAAGUGGCUGGAAGCCCUGUGGUCACAGAGGAAGCUCUUGAUGGGAUGCUGCAUCUACCUGAAGUGGUCCAACGACAGAUUCAACUCAGCACAAACUCUGCAGAGAAUCAGCUGCUGCGGACUGAGUUCUACUAUGAACAGGCUCCCAGUGCGUACCUCUGUGUGGCGAUCAUGUCUCUGCACAGCGACCAGAAAGCCUGUGGUCAUCAGCUCAUCAGCCACUGCCGCUCUCUGUCACGUAAGCUGAACAAUCCAGAGGUGGACGCCUGCCUCCUCACUGACAUCAUGCGGCAGCUGCUCUUUAGCGCUAAGCUGAUGUUUGUUAAGGUUGGCCGCAACCAGGAUCUGGCCUUGUGUGACAGUUACAUCAGCAAAGUAGACGUGCUCAAAAUCCUAGUGAAGGCCAAUUACAAAUAUAUUCCAUCUCUGGAUGACAUCCUGGAGACUGCUGCUGUGACACGUCUCCGCAACCAGCUCUUGGAAGCAGAGCACUACCAGCUGGCAGUGGAGGUGUCUACCAAGAGUGGCCUGGACCCUGGUGGCGUGUGGCAGGCGUGGGGGAUAGCAUCUCUAAAGGCGGGGAACCUCUCAGGAGCGAGGGAGAAGUUUGCCCGCUUCAUGAAGGCUCCACUGGACCGCAACCAGCUCAACCUGGGCCCCUUGCUGCUGCAGGAGGUUGUCCAGCACCUGGAGACAACUGUACAGCCCACUCUGAGUCCAUCUCAGGGCGAGGACAUCUUGGCGUCCCUGCGGGAGCUGGAGGGUGCCCUGUGUGAGGCCGGUCCUGUGGAUCGACCAGAGGGUCAGACACAGAGCAGCAACCUCCACCAAGAGUGUCUCUACUACCUGAACACAUACGGCACUCACCUGGCUCUAAUCAGCUUCUAUAUGCGUCAUGACUACAUGACGGAGGCCCUGACGUACCUGCUGAACAAGGAGUGCCCAGAUGAGGUUUUUAUAGAGGGCGUGUUGCAGCCCAAUCUGGAGCGCGGGCGUCUUGGCAUGCUGCAGGGCAUAAUGGAAAAACUUGAUCCUGGUCUGGAGACAUGCGGCCGAUACCUCAUUGCCUCCUGCCAGUUCCUGCAGCGACGAGGAUACUACAACACUCUCUACCAGCUCCAGCAGUUUAUGAUGCAGGUGAUUGUCCAGCGAUGCUGUGAGACUCUGCCUGUGUGGACUUCCUGUCCAGGUGAUGACGAAGACUCCGGUCAGGCCAAGAAAGAUGACGGAGUGUUCGGUGUUUCCAAUUUGUCCGUCCUGCUCCAACAGCACGCUCAGGAGCACAUGUCAACUCUGGGAAUCACAGAGCCUCAGUCUGAUGCGAGCUCUGAGUCCGAGGCCUCAGUGGACGACCCCUCCACUACACCCACCAACCUCUCCACCUCGCCACCAUCUCAGUCAUCCUCCUCCUCUUCUUCUUCCUCUUCCCCUUCGUCUUUUCUCCUCACACCAUCAGCUCUGUCUUUCCUAAAGUCUCGCUCUCCUUUACUGGCCACACUGGCGUGUCUGAGCGCCUGCAAAGGAGAAACUGCUCGGACACAGUCCUCCGGAUGGUCCGGCUAUUUCCGCAGCAACCGUAAAGAAGUCGUCCUAGACGCAGAGCAGAUUUCUCUGGAAGCAGAUAACCUCCUGAAGGAGUUCCCUAUUCUCCGGGCGUACAUUCACACCAUGGCUGAACCGUUACUGGACACCCUGUUACGUGAGGGCGAGGAAGGUUCAGCUGGACUCGGAGCGGUUGUUUGUGGGAAACCACUCGUCAGCCUCCUGCUGUCUGGGCCUCAAGAAGAAGCUGCCCAGGCUGUGGCUGCUGAGGCCUUCCAGAAGGCUCUGUCCUCCAGAGACCUGGGCCGAGCCCUCAGUCUGCUGGAGCUGUACGGGCAAGGCUGCAGCCAGGAGGGGGCGCUGAGAGACCGCCUGCUUGCCUGUGCUGCAUUAGAAGAUGGAGAUGAAGGAAUCGGUCAGCUGUUUCGUGUACAGGAUGCUAACCUGCGAGCGCGCGUUGCCCUCCAGGCUCUGGAGCGCUGGCCUCUGCCCGCCUGCCUGGAGCUGCUCGAGUUCUGCCUCAACGACGCCAGCACAGAGACGUCGCUGAGAACAGAGUUAGAGCUGAAGAAGAAAGAACUGGACAUCUAUCACUGGAUGUUGAAUCUACAGCCUCCGUUGCCGUGGACUACUUGGCAGGAGCUCAGGACUCAGUCUAAGACAAACUCUCAGUCCAUGUUAUUGACGAUGGUGGAGGCAAAAGAGUUUGCUCUGUGUGCACAGUGGGUUGAGCUUUAUCCUGUAUCCGACCAGCUGAGACUGCAGCUGCAGACUGAGCAUCUGCUUCAUCUGCUGGAGAAAGGACAGGCAGACGAGGCGUUCCAGUUACUUGAAGGCCUCUCAGACUUUGUGGGCGGCCUAGACGUUUGUGAGCGAGCUCUGGACCGCCGCCCCGGAUUGGCUGCCUGUCACUUCCUGGCCGACUACCUCACUCUGCAUUUCCAGAGGCAGGUGUCUCCAGCACGUAGACGGCACAUCCAUGCCCUCCAUCUGGGCUCCAAGGUGUUGCUGACUUUGCCUCCAGCAGCCAGGCAGGAGUAUUUCCCUCUGCUGUCAGAGCCCCUGCUGAUGCUCGAGCAGCUGCUGAUGAACCUAAAGGUGGACUGGGCAGACGUGGCGGUGCGAACUCUCAGGAGCCUCCUGGUUGGUCAGGAGGCUGGCUUCGGUGCCGAGGACAUCGAUAAGCUUCUGGCAGACUAUGCCUCCAAGGCCCUCGACUUCUCAUACGCCCCAAGAGAGAAAUCUCGAUCCGACUCUGUGAUCAGCCUCCAGGAUAUGCUGACGCAGUGUCCUGCUCAAGAUGGCUGCUCGGUUUCAUCCGUUCGAAUUGAAUCCCCAGCAUCAUCUACAGGCAGCACCCCCACACACACCUCCUCCUCAAACAGCACGGACAGGGAGAGGGAUCGAAUCUCUGCAGGGAAAAAACGCCGCUCGCCUGCCAAGUUCCAGCCUCCAGAUCAACCCCCUGCCCGCAAAGACUGGGUCCCUGACACUAAGCAGCACAUGUGCAUGGUCUGCCAGCGUGAGAGGUUCACCAUGUUCAACAGACGGCAUCACUGUCGGAGAUGUGGCCGUCUGGUUUGUCACGCGUGUUCAGAGCAUAAGAUGCCUGUUGAGGGCUGCCCGGGAGAAGAAGUCAGAGUCUGUGACCAGUGCUACGCCUACUUUCACCCAGAUUCUGACGAUGAGCUGGAACCAGCUGAAGUGGCUGGAAGCCCUGUGGUCACAGAGGAAGCUCUUGAUGGGAUGCUGCAUCUACCUGAAGUGGUCCAACGACAGAUUCAACUCAGCACAAACUCUGCAGAGAAUCAGCUGCUGCGGACUGAGUUCUACUAUGAACAGGCUCCCAGUGCGUACCUCUGUGUGGCGAUCAUGUCUCUGCACAGCGACCAGAAAGCCUGUGGUCAUCAGCUCAUCAGCCACUGCCGCUCUCUGUCACGUAAGCUGAACAAUCCAGAGGUGGACGCCUGCCUCCUCACUGACAUCAUGCGGCAGCUGCUCUUUAGCGCUAAGCUGAUGUUUGUUAAGGUUGGCCGCAACCAGGAUCUGGCCUUGUGUGACAGUUACAUCAGCAAAGUAGACGUGCUCAAAAUCCUAGUGAAGGCCAAUUACAAAUAUAUUCCAUCUCUGGAUGACAUCCUGGAGACUGCUGCUGUGACACGUCUCCGCAACCAGCUCUUGGAAGCAGAGCACUACCAGCUGGCAGUGGAGGUGUCUACCAAGAGUGGCCUGGACCCUGGUGGCGUGUGGCAGGCGUGGGGGAUAGCAUCUCUAAAGGCGGGGAACCUCUCAGGAGCGAGGGAGAAGUUUGCCCGCUUCAUGAAGGCUCCACUGGACCGCAACCAGCUCAACCUGGGCCCCUUGCUGCUGCAGGAGGUUGUCCAGCACCUGGAGACAACUGUACAGCCCACUCUGAGUCCAUCUCAGGGCGAGGACAUCUUGGCGUCCCUGCGGGAGCUGGAGGGUGCCCUGUGUGAGGCCGGUCCUGUGGAUCGACCAGAGGGUCAGACACAGAGCAGCAACCUCCACCAAGAGUGUCUCUACUACCUGAACACAUACGGCACUCACCUGGCUCUAAUCAGCUUCUAUAUGCGUCAUGACUACAUGACGGAGGCCCUGACGUACCUGCUGAACAAGGAGUGCCCAGAUGAGGUUUUUAUAGAGGGCGUGUUGCAGCCCAAUCUGGAGCGCGGGCGUCUUGGCAUGCUGCAGGGCAUAAUGGAAAAACUUGAUCCUGGUCUGGAGACAUGCGGCCGAUACCUCAUUGCCUCCUGCCAGUUCCUGCAGCGACGAGGAUACUACAACACUCUCUACCAGCUCCAGCAGUUUAUGAUGGAUCAUGUGCGUGCGGCCAUGACGUGUAUCCGAUUCUUCACUCAUGGAGCCAGUUCAUACCUACAGCUGGGAGAACAACAGCGCUGGUUGGUCAGAGCCAAAGAGCACUUGAGGACAUACCUGCAGGAGCAGCAAGGCCGGGGCUCUGGGAGGAGAAGGUCUCAGGUCAACACAUUCAGGAAGAUGAUGUCAUCCAGUGACGUGUCCAGGCACAUGAACACAAUUGAGCUUCAGUUAGAGGUGACCCGUUUCCUCCACCGCUGUGAGACCACAACCUCCUCCAAAGCGCCACAAACCAGUGCACCUUCCUCCAAGUCUCCUGGAUCCAGCUCACUGCCUACACUGUUUGGAGGAAGCCCAACAAAAAUUGAGGUUGCCUGCAAGGUGAUGCUCGGAGGCAAAAACAUAGAAGAGGGAUUUGGCAUUGCAUAUAGAGUCAUACAGGACUUCCAGCUGGAGGCUCAGGCGGUCUACGUGCUGGCCGGCCAGAGACUCGUUCGACAGAGGCAGUAUGGAGCUGUACGGCAGCUGCUGAAAUGUGUCAGUGAAUCGGGCACCGCCACCAAAAACGACUGCGACGCUCUCAUCCUCAGCUGCAUCUCCAUUGCAGAUAAGGGACCAGCUGAUGCCAAGGAGCUGGAAAGUCUCAUUCUGGAGGCAAAGAGCACAGAAAGCAAGAUCAAAGCCUACCUGCUGUGCAGCAAACUGCGACCAGCGUACCUGCUGGCGGUGAAGCUGGAGCCGAGCCGAGCGGGCCCGUUGGUCCAGGACGUCCUUCAGGCCGCCGAGGGAGCACAGGACUCAGUGAUGCAGAAUAUCUGCAGCCAGUGGCUCACUGAACACCACAAGUCAUCUCAGCAGCGGCAGGGCCGACCUAAUGCCAGGUAAAGGUGCAGUCGGCAUAACAAGGGAUCACACGUACAGCACUUGAAAACAAAUGAGCUGCAAAUGAAGUGUGAUUAAAAGGAUCCAGGAAUUCUAAUGUAACACAGAACUGGGAGUGUGUGGGAAAUGAUUUGAAAGGUUGCACAUAUUAUGACUGCAUUAUUGUGUGUAACAGGAGAACAGCUGUUGCACAUGUUACAUGUUGUUUGGUCCACACCUUCAGAUAAUUGUAAUGGUUGAUAAUACAGCACACUUCACGCCAUACAGUCCCAUGCUGUCACUCAACAGUGUGUGCUAAGGGGCUAAUGCGAGGCCCAGGAUUCAAAAUGGUUUUAGUGUCUGUGCUUUGAAUCGUUAAUGAAUUUUGAAGUGGGGUUGUAUGAGGUACUUAUCCAUAGUCAGUCUAUUACUACAGUAGGUGGCGGUCGGCAUGCUCCCAGUCCGGAGAAACAGGCACAGUGCCACCACAGAGCCUAAGCAAUGUCCUGCUGUGGACAUGGGCAGCAGCAAAACAUAUUUUAGCCACCUAAAAAUAUCAAUAACAGUUUAAUUCUAUGCAAUAUUUAGAAUAUUUUCACUGCUUUACCUUGCUGUCAGACAGCUCUUCCUGAUGGGGAACUGAACUGAAAGUCAAACUUGUAUUUGUUUUCUUAAAAGCCACCAGACUCCUAUGACAAAAUUAGUAACUUUACCCCAUAGAUAGGGAUGUCAACGGUUAACAGUUACUCUAGGGAUGCACGAUAUUAUCGGCACAUCAUUGGCAUCAGACAAUGUCAGCUUUAAAAUGAACCGGCCAGCAUGCUUUUUCUUAUUUUGCACAAUGAAUGACUAUUCCAUACACUGAAAAGUAUUGUAUUUCAUGUCUCUAUCAUGACAAGAGUAUGUAUGCAUUAUAGGAUGUUAGUUCCACUACAGAAGAGACUUGAUGAUCACUACAGUUCACUUGUGAAAAAAGUGGAUAUAUUAAUAUUGGUAUUGGUUAUUAGACAAAUAAAUUAUUAUAUAUCGGCAAAAAUUCCAAUAUUGUGCAUCCCUGAGUUACUCCAAGUAACCUCCAAGAAUAUUUUUACUGGUUACAUAUGUCAGUCUAACUGUUAAUUUUGUUGCUCCUCAGUUAAGUAGUAGCAUUAGCACUAUGCUGUAGCCCAACAAAGCUAAUAAGGUAUUCAUGCCACAAGUUGCCUAGUUGCCGCUGCUCUGUAUUGCCUACCACUAGGGUCAGGUGGAAGUUAGAGGAUAGCUAGCACACAUUCGGUGAUUACAGCUGGUUACACCGUGCCAACCCAAGCUGGCAUUGCUGCGUAAACAUUGUGCCCGACCUCUGUUGUCUCCCUGGGUUGCUUUGACUAGUAAGCAGCUUAAUUUUGAGCCACCAUGUUUACACAGUAGCGUGGGAUAGUGUUACCAGCAGUAAUCGCCGAAUAAGCACACGCCUAUCAAGCUCCUACCCUGUCGGAGCACAGUGGAGAGCAGCUAACAGCUCACUAAAUAGCAACUAAUUACAGGUAAAAUAGUGAGAGAUCAGUACCUUGUGAUACUUUUAGUCAAGGGGAUAGCACGUGAACUGGACGUUCAAACUGUGUCACAGUUUGUCAAAAAUGAUGGCCAAUAAAGUUUCCUGACAUCAUUACCCGCAGAACACGGGAGCUGUUGAUCUAUCGCUGCCUCGAUUGUUUAGUUUUUUUGUGUUGUUGUGUGACUUUGGUGAAUCUGAACUAACCGUUUCAAACAAAAGUCACACAACAACACAAACAAACAAACCAAUCGAUGCCGCAGUAGGUUGUGUGUUCUGUGAGCAGAGAUUACUGUUUUUGUCAUUGGAGUCAUAGCAUAGAUAACGGCCACAGCUCCCUGUCUGAAAGGGCUGUUUGACGGCAAGGUCAAAGAGUGAAAAUGUUUUAAAUACAGCAUACACUUAAACUGAUGUAGAUUAUUUUAAAUCUAAAAUACAUUUGCU